CAUGCGCCGGCUGGCAAAGCAUCUUCAAGACGUGCGGGGUACUGUGCAGCCUCUUAAAGACCGACUAGCGUCAGCAGAAGCAGAGCGGGAGAGAUUCAGGUCUCAGCUGGAAAGAACACAGAAAGAGUUCAAGCAAGAGUUGGAAAAACACCAAGCAAACAUAGUCCAGCUGGAGUUUUCGCUGAGGAAAGCACAGAGAUCUGUGAAAGAAACAGAGCAAAGGCUACAAGAGGAGCAACAACAACUCAAGAGAGAAACGUUGUGCUUGGAGGAGACUAAUUCCAGACUGAAAGAGAAAGUUACAGUACAGCAAGAUGCAUUACAAGCACUUGGAAAAAGUGAGGACCUUGCACAUGGAGGAAGAGGCCUGUUGUAAACUACAGCAAAGGGUCCAGCAGUUAGAGAGUCAAAUCUCUGAAACUCAACUCCGUCUUGACAAAGAGAAUGCCAAGUACCACAGCGCUUGUCGUCAGCAAGAGUCAAUGCAGGCCAAGCAGAAGUCUUUGUUAGAGAGAGUUGACGCUCUCGACGAAGAGUGCGAAGAGCUGCAGAGGCAGUUGGGAGACAGGGAGGAGAGACAGAUCGACGCCCACAAUCACCUGCAAAAGAUAUCAGAGGAGAAGGAGCAAGUGCAGGCUCAGCUCGCUCAGCAGCAGGACCUGUGUUUGGAGCUCCAAAAAGAGAAGCAAACACUGGAAACACACGUAGGCGAGCUGAAGAACAGUGUGGCUGAGCUGAAGGAACACACGCAAGCUUUAAGGGAGAGGGAGAGGCUGCUGGUGGCUUUCCCAGAGCUCAGCCCCCUGGCUCAGGCCAAACCACAGAGUACAGGAAAUGUGCUUUUGGAUAUGGAGCAACAAUUGCAGGCAAAUAGCAUUCGUAUAAACAUUCUGGAGCAGGAAAACACGACCCUGUACAGCAGCCUUGUGAAACUGAGGGAAAGAGCACAAAAUAAUGCCACCAGGGAGGCCUCACCUCAGCAGACAUGGAGCCUCCCUCUGCCCAGCACACCAGUAGAGAAGCAACCAAUUCACUUGACACAAAUGCAAAAGAAUCCAUUGCAGAGCAGCAGUGCAACAGGGCUGGGUUACGGUAACAGAGGGAGGGAAGCAAGACGAGGGGAAAGUGGUCUGGAGUCAGCCAGGUCAGAGGAUCGUGUGUCCACUGCCCCCGCCUCCCCCUCGUCCCUGCAACUUCACCUUCAAACCCUCCACCUCAACACGGGCUCCACCGCCGCUAAAAGCCAGACAAAAGCACACAGUGGCUCUCUCCUCUCUCACUCCAGAAGCUCGAACCAGAAGAAACAAAUAAAACCCUGAAUGUGUAAAUGCAUUUAGACAGAACUUGCAGUUGGAGAGAGAAAGAACACAGCGUCGUAUGAGGAUUUCUGGCAACAACAACAUGGCUCAUAAUAAGGCACAUUCCCUAUAAUAUGUCAUGAUGUCUCGUUGCACAUUAUACCAUACUAACACUAAUGCUUUUGUAAUUUUACAUUCUCAUUGUGUACACUUGUGACAGUGGCUUGCCACCGUUACCGCUACAUUUGUCAUUAUGCUAAGCUGAAUUUAUAUAUAAUAAACUUACUGUGGUAUAACUUAAA